AUGGCAGAUGUCAACCUCCUGCCGUGGCUCCUGCUCCUCUCUGUGUGGACCGGACAGUCAGGUUCUACAGGUUCCUUCACCCUGGACGGAGUGAAGGUCUCCGAGGUGGUUCGACCAAUCAGACUGCACGACCUUCAUAAGAGAGAUAUAGAGUCCUCCAGGCCUCAGAAGGUGAAAUAUGCCAUGACGCUGGGGGGCAAAGACAUCGAAAUGCAUCUAGAGAAGAACGAUGAUUUCUUAACGAACGACUACACCGAAACGUUUUAUCUGGAUGAUGGAACUCCUGUGACAACCAAACCUGAUGAGCUGGAUCUCUGCUACUAUCAUGGAAGGAUUGCGAACGAAAGCAGCUCAAUGGUCAGCGUGAGCACCUGCGAUGGGUUACGGGGCUACAUCCAGACGGCGGAACAGAGGUUCCUCAUUGAGCCUCUAUCUGAGGACGGCGACCACGCGGUGCUGAAGUACGAGGACGUGAACGGAACUCCAGCUGUGUGUGGGGUCACCAACACCACCUGGGACCUGACGGUUGAGGAUCUUCCUCGAAUCAGCAAGUCCAGAUCUCGCGCUUCAGGGCCGACUAUGCUUCAGCGGAACAAGUACAACGAACUGUUCCUUGUAGCCGAUAACAGAAUGUUUCUGAAAAUGGACAGCGACGUCAACAAAGUGAGAAACAGAAUCUUCGAGAUCGUCAACUUUGUCAACCUGGUGUACAAGCCGCUGAACACCUUCAUCGCCGUGACCGGACUGGAGGUGUGGACGGACGCCGACAAGAUUCUGGUGACGCCGCCGGCCGGCGAGACGCUGGACAAGUUCACCAAGUACAGGAACGAAAAUCUGAUGAAGAGGAAGAAGCACGACAACGCUCACCUGCUGACUGGGAUCGAUUUCGAGGGUGCCACCGUGGGCCUGGCGUUUAUCGGCACCCUGUGUACGGGCCAUUCAACUGGCGUCAUUCAGAAUCACAACCCUCGUGUUAUAGCUGUAGGUGCCACCCUGGCUCAUGAGAUGGGCCACAACUUCGGUAUGAACCACGAUACCAGCUCGUGUGUGUGCACUGAAGCCAGCUGCAUCAUGGUCGGUGCCCUCAGUUACGCCAUCCCACAGCACUUCAGCAGCUGCAGCAUCGCCAACUUCGAAACCUACCUGAACACCCGAAACCCAGAGUGCCUGCUGAAUAAACCCCAGCCCGAAGAGCUGCUCACGCUUGCCGUGUGUGGGAACGGAUUCAGAGAGAAGGGAGAGAAGUGCGACUGCGGAUCUGUGGAGGAAUGUACCAACCCAUGCUGCAACGCCACCACCUGCGAAUUUACUCGGGGCUCGCAGUGUGCUGAGGGAGAGUGCUGCCAGGACUGUAAGAUUGUCGACGACACCCACAUGUGCCGCACCAGAGUGGACGAGUGCGACCUGCCGGAAUACUGCACGGGCAAAUCCAACUUCUGCCCCGAGGACAUGUUUGCUGUAAACGGUGGGCCAUGCAAGAACGGUAAAGGUUACUGCUACAACGGGCAGUGCCCACAAAAGGAGGAGCAGUGCGUUAAAAUGUGGGGUUCAGGUGCUGUGGUGGGAAGUGACUACUGCUACAACCAGAACUCGAGGGGAACGUACUUUGCCUUCUGCUCGCGUCCCACCAACGACCAGUACAUAGGGUGCCAGAAACAGGACGUAAUGUGCGGUAAGGUCUUCUGCGAAAACGGCCAGGGCGAUCCGAACUACGGACGCCUGGUCACGUUCGGCAAAUGCAAAGCCACUUUCUACGGUGACCGCGAAAACGACUUUGGCCAGGUGGACACCGGAACCAAGUGUGGUGAUGGGAUGGUGUGUAGUCAGAACCAAUGUGUGACCUUGGAUGAUGCCUACAAGGCUACCAACUGCUCAGCCAAGUGCCAAGGCAAUGGGGUCUGCAAUCACAAGCUGGAAUGUAGCUGUGAGCCUGGUUGGCUCCCACCUGACUGCAAGAGACCAUCUAAUUCUGCCAACCUGCCACCUAUUGGUAUUAUUAUAGGCAUCAGCAUGGGGAUCUGCAUCCUAAUAGGAGCUUUUCUAGUUGGAUUCGGCAUCUUUUUAAUGAAGCGCCGAAAGAGUCGCCCACAGCAAACUUGGAUUCAGAGCCAGGUUCCAGCCCCCGUCACGAGCGCUCAGUUCAGCCAGCCGAGAGCAAACCCUCACCAGCAGAGCACCUUCACGGGAAUUCGCCCCAAAGGUCCGCCACCACCACCUCCUGCUAAAGCAUCCGCCCCACCCAAAACCCUGCACACUGACUUCAGAACAGCCCAAAAGGCUCUUCGACCAGUUCCUCCUCUCCCAAAGGUGUGAAAAUCGAACCAAUUUGGGAGGGGGACGACUAUACACAACCAGCACUGAACAUGACUUGAAAAGGACGGAUGCUAGCUUCUUCAAAUCUACUGCUCUGAAGAGAGAGGCUGGAUUUGACCGUAUUCAUUUCAAUACAGUUUUAUUCAUUGUGCUUGCUGGAGAAAGCACUCAUCCUAGACCUAGACAUCCCUGUGUUCUGUUUAAAAGGCUUGAUUGCCCCCCUUAACUCUUUUAAAACCAAAAAUACUGAAUAUCUGGACCUGAAAGCAUCUUGCACUGGUUUGGGCGCCAGUGGGUUGGAGCUAAACUUCAUCAGAAGAAUCAGUCACCAAAGUUUUUCUAAUGGUGCCCUCUAUAGACCGACUCAUGAAGCACAGCUUACUGUUUAUCAACGAACAAAGCAGAAAAUGGACCAGCCUUCACCGAACACAAGCCUGGCCUGACUUACUGGAUAAUACCGUACUGUAAAUGUUGUUAUUGUUCAGUUUGGAAUAGGACGUCUUGAAAUUGGUGGUGAAUGCCAGCUAGUUUAACAGUGAGCUCAGGGCACUAAACCCUGCUCAGCAGUAUAUUAUUUUCAUAAGAUCCUUGAACUGUAUAUAGCUUUUUUAAAUCGAAUUAUUUAUUUUUAUAUGAUGGAACAGUGCCAUGAAUAAGUGAGUAAAUGGAAGUGUGAAUGCUUUUAAUGAUUAUGAUGUUUUCUUACGUUACUGAAUAU